GUAGCAAUUCGUAUGCUUGACCCGUUGGGAGGCAAGCAACAGAGUUCGCCCUGGUUCGAUAGUCCCUCAAGAUCGUCGACUGCAAUGAACAGCAACUCGUCGGGUUCAUCCCAAUCACCACUGAGUCUCUCGUCUCAUCUCAGAGACAGCUCAGACGCACUCUCACGUCCGACUUGGCUCUUCAGUAGUCAGGUUGCGUUUCGACGGGCCCAACUUUUCUUUUUGAAUACGGGG